CCAAUAACAUAACAUUAACACACAGGUCUCCGACGCGUUUCCUUCUCAGCCUUGGGAAAGUUGUUCUCUGUGUUGCAAAUUUCUCUUCCUGUAGCUUCUCAGCGUCCUUUGAACUGAGAAGCUACGAGGUUGGUUUAUACAGACAAAAGACUUUGAUUGUAUCUCUAUUCUCCAAGGGCUUUCGAAAUGGGUGGGCUGCCGACAGAGAAUACUUCAUCGACCUUAGCUUUGAUUGGGUCACAGCAAAACCAUGGAUCAACCGUCAACAAGCCUGGCACAGAUACAAAGCCGAAGAAGAAGAUCUGCUGUGCUUGUCCUGAGACUAAGAAAUUGAGAGAUGAAUGCAUUGUCGAGCACGGGGAAGAAGCUUGUGCAAAAUGGAUAGAGGCGCAUCGCAAGUGUCUCCGCUCUGAAGGCUUCAAUGUUUAGUGGUACGAAAGAUGGUUGGACUGCAUGAUAAGGUUUUGAUAAUUUUUUAAUACAGACUUGUUUGUUUCAGGAUAGCACAUACAGGAUGAUACCCGAAAUUUAUGAAUAAUGCGAGGCAGGGGAGAUUCUCUUGCCUGUUAGAUAACAUUCAUGUGUUUAUUUUGUUUGUUUUCCUUAUACUGGCAAUUUUUUUUUACUUCAUCUAUGAAGUGAGCGAUAAGUAUACAUUGAUACUUCAAAA